UCACGCCCAUGUCCGGUCACAUGAGCGGUGAUGUCAUCUAAUGGUGGAAUUUACAUGUAGCAGCGGCGACUGAUGGUUGCCUGUCAGGGACCGGGUCGGUGGGGAGAGCAGAGCGGACGGUGUCAUGAAGGCGGGGGCCAGCUCCAUGUGGGCUUCUUGCUGUGGGCUGCUGAAUGAAGUCAUGGGUACUGGAGCUGUGCGAGGGCAGCAGUCGGGCUUCGGUGGAGCUGGACCAUUCAGAUUUGCACAGAACACUGACUUUUCACCAUAUCCUUCAUCAUCCUCCAACAUUGUGUGUAAAGCUUGUGGACUGGCCUUCUCUGUUUUCAGGAAAAAGCACCUCUGUUGUGACUGCAAAAAAGACUUUUGCUCCCUGUGCUCUACACUUCAGGAAAAUUUCAGGCGCUGUAGUACCUGCCAUCUACUGCAAGAAACAGCAUUUCAGCGGCCACAGCUGAUGAAGCUGAAAGUAAAAGAUCUGCGGCAGUACCUUACACUAAGAAACAUCCCUACUGAGAGCUGUAGGGAGAAGGAAGACUUGGUGGAGCUGGUGCUCUGUCACCAUGGCUCAUGUCCUGAAGAGGAGAUGGAAGUCAGCAUGGACAAUGCAACAAGAUCGCAGAGCUCUGGCUUCUCUUAUUUUACUGCAAUUUCUGCACCUUCCCCUUCCAUAUCCUCAUCUCAGGGAGAACUGUCUGAGAGAAGCGGAAGUGCGUCUACAUCCCAGGGAACAAGUGAAACCAUAUCUGUAACUUCUGACCCAGAAACACCAGAAAUUAUGACAAGUGACAUAUCAAGAAAGCGAGCAAGGGCAUCAUUGUCUGACCUAUCGACGCUGGAGGAAAUAGAAUUGCUAACAAUCCGGCAAUUGAAGGAAAUCCUAGCCCGGAACUUUGUCAACUACUCAGGCUGUUGCGAGAAAUGGGAACUGGUGGAGAAAGUCAACCGACUAUACAGAGAGAAUGAGGAGAACCGGAAGUCCUUGGAUAAUGUGGAAUUCAAACCAGAUACAGGGAGAGAUCGGUUGCAGCUCACCGGCAAUGAUGACAACCUUUGCCGCAUCUGCAUGGAUGCGGUUAUCGACUGUGUUCUCCUGGAGUGUGGUCAUAUGGUAACAUGCACCAAAUGUGGCAAGAGAAUGAGCGAGUGUCCAAUCUGCCGGCAGUAUGUGGUGCGGGCUGUUCACGUCUUCAAAUCUUAAGUAUCCAGACCAAAAAACACAAGAGUGUGACUUAGCCCUUUCCAUUGGGACUCAAAGUGCAUAAAAAGGAAUCCGGUAGCCUGUCUGAACUGUUGUUAGGGAUGUGUUUUGUAAUAAAUGUAAAAGUUAGGAAGUGUUCAUGAGCUAAAUGAGAAGUGAUCAGGCAACUUGCAUGCAGGUGUGUGUCGGUGAGUCUGGAAUGGACAAGGUGAUCAAUUUAAAAUACGUGUAAGAAGAGGGACUUAAAGUUUGUACAUUAAAUACAUGGCUGUCCAAAGGGAUUCGACUUUACAUUAAUUCAUAAUUAGCAUGACCACAUGAUAGUGGCUGAAUUAUCAGGUCCUGUGUAAGAACUCGCCCAGCCCUGGCUUUAAAUUGCCACUUAGAAUGCCAUGUAGUUGUAUACUGCAUCCUUGCAAAAUUGACAGAGUGCAUGCAAGUGGAGUCGACAAGACAUGGGCCAGUAAAAAGCCUGUUAUUCUUGAUGGUAACUUCCAGAAACAAUGCCAUGUGCUGGUGAUUGAAUUAAAGCUGCAUGACAGAGGGAGCACGCAUCUGGUGCAGUGCCCUGAUAUAGGGGGUCAUUCCAAGUUGAUCGCUCGCUAGCAGUUUUUAGCAGCUGUGCAAACGCAUAGUCGCCGCCCACGGGGGAGUGUAUUUUCGCUUUGCAGGAGUGCGAACGCCUGUGCAGCCGAGCGCUUACAAACACAUUUUGUGCAAAACAAGACCAGCCCUGUAGUUACUUAUCCUGUGCGAUGAUUACUGCGAUGAAUGACACGGUAAUGACGUCAAAUACCCGCCCAGCAAACGCCCGGCCACGCCUGCUUUUUUCCAAACACUCCCAGAAAACAGUUGCCACCCAUAAACGCCCUCUUUCUGUCAAUCUCCUUGUGUUCGGCUGUGCGAUUGGAAUCGUCGCUAGAACCAGUGCAAAACCACAAUGGACUUCGUACCCAUAUGACGCGCAUGCACAUUGCGGUGCAUGCGCAGAUUAGCCGUUUUUUUAACUGAUCGCUACGCAGCGAACAACGGCAGCUAGCGAUCAACUCAGAAAGACCCCUAUAAUACCUUGCAUUAAGUAAGUAUACCCUGCAGUUCUUGUAAGUAACAUGUUUGAAAAAGGGAUUUCCAGUUAAAAGGAGUUAUAGCUGUUUCCUCCACUACUUUAUUAUCACCUCCUAUUAUUGUGCAAGGACAAGCAGGUCUGCGGGAAUGCCAAAUCACUGCCAAUACCAAUCUUAGUAAUGGGAUCAUAUAUGCUCAUGAUGGCUUGUACACAAAAGCUUUUUGGGGGGAAAUCAAACUAUGAGGACAUAGAGAAAGAAGGGAGGUGCUUAAACCCAUGUCGGCACCAGUAUUCUGACACUGUUCUUAUAUUCUGAUGCUAGUUAAAGCAUUUUAAUUAUCUGGGUAAUAGAACUUUAAACAUGCUAGCGUGUUAACAUAACUGUGUACCUGUGAUGUAAAGGCCAAGAUUCGUAGCAGAGGCGCUUACUUUCAGGAUGGCAUAUGGAUUUCUACAUUUUCCAGAUGGUGAAAACAAAUUAAUUUGUACUCUACAAGAAAAUGAGUUGAUUUUAAAACUACUACAGUCAAAGCUACUGUUCUGAAAACUAUGCUAAUGUGUUGCGUUUUUAAAGGCAUGCUAAUAUCAAAUUUAAUUAUAUUUUUAUUUUACACACAUUUUGGUAUGGUCUACUUGUUCUGGUGAUAUCCAGUCAAGCUUCAUGUGGAUUAAACAGCCUUUAUCUCAUCAGUAA